CUAUCUUUUUGUAAAAAUAGCAAAUAUUUGCUUUUUGUUGUUAUUAAAUGUCCAUCUAACCCAAGUUGUGCCUAGCGGAAGGGAAGAAAAUGGCAACGCAAGUUGUCUACGUUUUCAGUUUUCUUGGCCUUAUUUUGCUGACUUUUAUGCCUUGCAGCAAUUCAUUGUUUUUCUCAGAAUUACUUGGAAUAAAAAGUAUUGCAACAGAAAGACACAAUGAAACGACGAAAGAGUCAACAUCUUUGACUACCAAACAAAACGUUAACGUAACGUCUGAUGAUAUUGAUUCAGUAGGAAAUGUUAACGAAACAGUUAUACUGGAAAGUUAUUCAAAUAAAACAAAUACUAGUGUAGAGACAAUAGCAGAAAACCUUGAAGAAACUGGAUUACCAAUAUCGCCAGAAGAAGAACGCAAAGCAGAAGAAAAGAUGCACCUCGAAUUUAUUAAGAGACAGUUAAUGGCAAAACUGCGACUUUCCUCCCCUCCUAUAGCUAAUGGCCAGGCCCCAGUCCUGCCGCUAGUAGAGCUAGGGAGGGGGUAUCUACAAACUCAACACGACCAGGGGAAAAACAAGUACAAGGCCCAUCACUUUUACGCCAAAACCUUGCAACUCUACGUCAUGGGCAAAGACGAAACAGAACACUGCAGUUAUCGUAAAUCCGCGGGCUGCUACUAUUUUGACGUGAACGGAAAAGUAUCCGCCAACGAUGUUGUUGAUGCAGAACUUUGGAUAUAUAAACUUUUCUAUCACAGAGACCCUUUUAUACAAACAUUUGUUGUCUCAGAACUUGGUAGAUCUAACAGAGCGGAGAGAAAGGUUCGUCCGCGUAAUAUUAUAAAACGGUUUGAGACCAAAAUCAAACACGGGUGGCUGAAAAUUGAUGUCACAGAAACCGUUGUUCGAUGGUUGCAAAAACCUAGAAGAAAUGAUGGCAUUUCUAUAUUGUGUAAAGGAUGUCAACGGAAGAACCACAAGACAAUAUUCAGUUCUAAAUAUGACUCCAUGCCAUUUUUGGCCAUAAAGACCAGAAAAGGCACCCGAGAGCGACGCGUAAGGCGCUCGGCGCCUGUGCAAUGUUCGAUUGGAUAUGACGGUUGCUGUCUGAUGCCCAUGGAGAUCAAUUUUGACGUUAUCGGAUGGACUGGAAUUGUGGCCCCCAAAAAGUUACACUAUGCUUACUGCAGAGGCUCGUGUAAUGAUGAAAUAGAUGCUCACAGUGAACACAGUCGAAUGAUACAAAGUUACAGGCACUCUGACGUCGCUACACCAAAAGAAAGGCGGGAAAUGACGCCAUGUUGUUCCCCAAUUUCGUUUUCUUCCCAGUCUAUGCUAAUAACAGUCAAUUCAACUGUGAUUCAUCAUAAUGUUCCAAACAUUAUACCUACAGCGUGUGGGUGUUUGUGAAAACGAAAAUUGCUGGGAAUUUUUAAUUACAUAGCAAAAACAAUAUAGGGCAGUGUUUGAGCAACUAUCAAUGCAAUUAACUUAUAUAAUUAAAGAGAUUUCCUGAA